AUGGGCUCUCUCUGGGGCCUAGCUCUGCCCCUUUUCUUCUUCUUCUGGGUGCCUGGGGCCCCCAAGAGCUUUGCAGGCCAUAGGACCAAGCAACCAAGCCCUUUGGUGACAGUGAACCACAUAGAGGUGCUUGCUGUGACGCCAGGGAUUGGCACCAGCUCAGAGGGAGACUUCCAGACCACUGACCUCACUGAGAUCUCGUCACCAAGACUCACCCCUUUGGAAACUCAAACCAUAAGCACCCGGAUGUCUGUUAGGAACUUAAUCCUAGCAGGUACAUUUUCAGAAGCAAAGACCAGGGACCCCAAAACCAUUUUUCCUGCAAUAGAAACCAAGGCCCUCACAAAAAUAACACCUUCCAAAUUCAAGGUUGUGAUCCCCACUUCUAUGGCAACAUCAGUCACAAGUGGCACAGGAACAGCAAUGACCACAGUUGAGAUGGUCAAAGGCAGCCAUCUGUCAGAAGAUGUCUUUGACAUCCUUUGCACUGAUGACAGCUCUGAAGAGGUAAAGAGGAUCACUACUGAUGUCUUGACAUUGGCUUACACCUCGGCAGAAACGGAGACCCUACCCUGGAAGAGCAGCCCCUACCCUGAGAGCACAGCUCCAGCCAUUCCCACCUCCCAAGCCCUGGCACCUGACACCACUGCCCCAGCUAAAGCCUUGAUUGCCUAUAACAUCACCGACACCAAGGUUAUCAAUUGCAGCAUUAUAGAGAUAGAAACAACUGCGAUCCCUGAGACUUCAGACACAGAUCACAGCCCUGAAGAAAAAGGAAAGACCCCAUCCACCCCUGAGACUUUUGCAAUGUCUGAUUCCACUGAAGUAAAAUCAUACCGCACCAGAACCACAGCCACUGUGAAACAUUCGUCAAUAGACAGCACCACAGAGUCAGCCGCAUCUGACACCACAGUCGAGACUCCACUCACUGCCAACAGCACCACAGAAAGAGAAACAACAGCAGCCAAGACCAUCACACCCAGUGGAACUUUGAUGACAGGCAGCAUGAACCUGGAAGAAACCUCAGGCCCCUCUGUUGAGACAACAAGCCACAGCAAGUUCUCAAUAUCCACAGAGGCCGGGUCAGCUUCCCCUGUGGAGUCCUCAGCUACAGUCUACAGCCCCUCCAAAGUAGCCACCAUCAAGAACUCCACCCCCUCCCAGACUUCUACCACAGAUAGCACCACCGCUGGACUCUCCCCCAGCACAAGGAGCCCUGGUCCUUAUGUCUACCUGACUACCAUCAAAGGCAGCCAAGAAACAAACAGCACCUUAGCCAAGACCAGAGGCUCAGAGGGGACCUCAAAGACAGACACCAUGGCUCCGGGGAAGACCCCAGCAAUCCUACCUACCAGUGCUUGGAUGAGGUGCACCACAGAUGUUACUGCAAGGGAUGAUGGAGGCAUCCUCCUCCUGCGGCUGAAUGUGGCCUCCCCAGAAGACCUCACUGACCCCCAAGUGGCAGAGAGGCUGAUGCAGCAGCUCCUUCGCGAACUGUACUCCCAUGUGCCUCCCACCCAAGUCUCCCUGCUGCGUGUCAGAAGGGACUAGAGCACCUCAGCAGCAGUCAGGCAUGGCCUGUGCAGAAAGGGGCAGUGCUGCCUAUGGCUUGGGCCCCCACCACAACUGGAGCUUCGUGACUGCAGGAAAAUGUCCCUGGAGGUUUCCCACAGAGG